CAGCCAUAAACUAAAAGGGAAAGUCCGUGAAGUUAGUAGACUAUAUACUUUCUCUGAAAAUAUCUACAAAUAACCGACACUUUCUCCCGAGUCAAUAUUCGUAUCAGCAACACACACAGCCUUCAGUAUUGAGUGAAACCAGCAUAUUGCUGGCUCUCUAAAACGUUCCAAACAACCACUUUAUUCGUUUUUUUUAAAUUUAAAUAGUAUUUUAUUUAUCUGAUUGAAUUCUCUUGUUCGAACGUCACGAGAAACUCUGCAUCGUGACUCUGGUGCGCAACAGCAGACCUUCCAGCGCCUUCCACAGUCAAUUACGAAGCGAUUGAAAGCCGAGAUAGCCGGGCAUCGUUUGACUUUUGUAAACGGGAAGUGACUGAGGCGAAUAAGAAAAAAGAACGAAGCGAAGGAAGAAGAAAGACUGCAACUGCGACCAAAGUUUUUUUCCCAGUCGACAUUCAGACACCGAACCUGAAACGUUGCUAGCAAAAUCACUUCAACAUUUAACGCCAUUAUUCUCCAUUAAGAACCGGAUUGCAGAUCGGGAGCAGGACAUGGCGAACGGCCAGAGCUUUCAACAUCGCCGGGUGACAUUCAUCGCUUUCGUUUUGGUCUUGACGUACUUUUCUGAGAUUGUCAAGGCUCAGCAGAACUGGUUUAGACCGACUGCGACAACGAGGAGGACAACAACAACAACAACAAGCAGCAAGAUCAAACGAUAUCCAGAAGCCAGAAAUUCAGCAACUGUCGUCUUUCCACAAGACGAACAGGAUGCCGGAUAUUCAUCACCUAGAAAAAUGCACCAACAAAUUCCUCUGAGUUUGUUGAAUCAAUUGAACGAAGCCGGCGAUUGGUCUGAAUUCCUGAAAUUCGUCGACAAUGUCACAGUUGUUGAAGGUGAAGCCCCUGGCGAUACUCCAUACGUCUACGGCGCUUGGGAAGUCGAUGGGCGUACAAAGGGCCAAGGUGGUGAAGAAAGAGAUGCUAGCGUUCCGGCCAAACCGGCGCAUUGCAUGCCGGAACUAACGACAGUUCCACUCAUGCCCAACACGGAUUCAUCGGUUCUCUUUUAUCCGACUUGCACGCGGAUUGAACGAUGCGGUGGAUGUUGCAGCUCGGACCUCCUCGUUUGCGAGCCCAUCCGAACUGAAAUCGUCCACUUCCAGGUGCUCAAGACCCAAUACGCUGGUGGCAGUCGGAUGAAAUUCGCCGGAAAAGAGUCGGUGCCAGUCGAGAAGCACACGGCUUGCAAAUGCCAGUGCAAGGUCAAGGAAUCGGAUUGCACGAUUAAUCAAGCGUACGUGCCGAAUGCGUGCCGUUGCGAAUGUUCCAAUAUCGACGAUCGUCGCAAAUGCGAAUCCGACAACCAAACCAGGUAUUGGGAUUCGAGAAACUGCAUGUGCAGAUGCCGAGACGACGGCUACAAUAAACAAUGUUCCACCGGGUUCUACUUCAACGAAGAAAUCUGCAAGUGCCAACCAUGGGGUAUCAAUCGGAGGGACGUUGAUUUCGACGGUUUCGAUAACGAAAACGACAGCCGCCAACCGGCCGUGAUUCCUAAACAAAGUAACAACAAUAUCGUGAUCGACCGUCGCCCAGCGCUAACGGCCCGACCGGUAAGGCCCGUCUACAAGGAAGAGGACACUUAUGAAGAGGAGGACAAAAAGUCGAGACCAGUCGAGCGGUUUCAGUUUGCCAACAACUGGAACUUUCAGAACGCCAAGCCACGCCAAUAGCGCAAUAAUUCAAGCAGUAUUUAGUAAAUGCCAUGAAAUAAUUGAAUUUCUUUCGUUCGAAACCUGUUGAUGCAGGCUAUUACAGUAAUUGAUGAAUACAUACGCCCAUUUUUACGUUU